GAAUAUCUGCAUUAUAGAUUGGAGCGGCAGUAAAAUCGGGAGGUUUGCAUGCAUUAAAUGAUUAAUGAUCAUCAAGGAACCGGUCCCGUACACCCUCCCUACCGAUUUAAGUAGGACUCUUGUGCUCGAGUAGAAAUGUAUAUUUACCUUAUGAAUCAUUUUAUUAUUCUGUAACUCUCACUGUUCUGAAUUUUCCAGUGCCCUGUGACCAUACGAGCCGGAUUUAUUGAAGUGGAAUGUUCAACUAAGAUGAGAGAUUCAAUCUUGCAAAGAUUUCUUAGGAGUUUUGAACUUUAAAUAGCUUCAUAAUGACUUCUGGCCAAGCCUCGAUGGAGGGAGCAAACAUGCCUGUAUCAGAAGCUGAGCUCCCUUCCUCCACAACACAAACCAUGACACAAAAAUCAGAGGAGAACGAGAACUCUGAACUCGCCAACUUGAUGAAGGAGAAAACCCCGAUGUGUCUGGUAAAUGAGUUGGCUCGCUACAACAAGAUCCAGCACCAGUACAGACUGACCAGUGAGCAAGGUCCAGCGCACAAGAAGCUCUUCACAGUCACCCUCAAGCUGGGGGAGGAGGAGUACUCGGCAGAGGGGGCGAGUAUCAAGAAGGCACAACACCUGGCAGCAAGCGACGCCCUCAAGGCCACCGGCUACAAGCACCCUCCACCCAAGGCGUCUCGCAACAACAGGCUCGGUAAAAACAACAUUACUCCGACGGUGGAGUUGAACGCACUCGCCAUGAAGCGAGGAGAGCCGACAAUCUACACGUUUGUAGAGCUGCCUACCUUCUGUUAUCCCACACACAACAACUACGCCUACCAUAGAGGGGUAUACACUCAGAGAUACAAGCCUCCAUCGCUGUACAAAGUGACAGUGAAGGUGGGGGACAGAGAGUUCAGUGGUGAAGGCUUGACAGCGCAAGCGGCACGACACGACGCUGCGGCCAAGGCGCUUGAAGUAUUGCGUAACCUGCCACUUGAACCUUCAAUGGUCGACAACUGUGCAAAUGGAGAUCUGAACGCGGUUAACAUGGAAGCAGAUUCUUCGUCAGAACUCAAAUCACCGAUCUCGCUCGUCCAUGAGCUGGCACUCAAGCGUAACUUGACUGUUAUCUUUGACGUGAUCAGUGAAAAAGGCCCUCCUCACAUGAGAACGUUUGUGACGAGGUGUUGUGUUGGCGAAAACUUUGAAACCUUGGGUGAAGGCAAUGGGAAAAAAAUAUCUAAAAAGCGAGCGGCAGAGAAGAUGCUGGAGCAGUUGAAGCUGCUUCCCCCCACCACCACUGUCACUGCAGCCAACUGUACAGGAUCCAUACGUAUCAAGCGGAAACCCAACCCUGCCAAGAAGAAAUCUCGGAAUCUCAUCAAAGUCACCAAUUCUAAUUCUAAUAAGGAAAAUAACUCAGAAAAUGCAGAUACGGUUGAUGAAAUUAACCCAAUCUCUAGGCUAAUGCAAAUUCAACAAGCGAAAAAAGAAAAGGAACCUGUCUAUACGCUCAUGGAAGAAAGAGGGCAAACAAGGCGAAGGGAAUUCUUCAUGGAAGUCACUGUAGGAGAACAUUCUUUCGUUGGGUCGGGGCCAAACAAAAAAAUAGCCAAGAGGAAUGCGGCCGAAGGGUUAUUACAAAAAUUAGGCUACUCCAGUUAUGCUCCGGGCAAGCAAAGACUAACGUCAGCAGACCUGAGUAGAAAGGCGUUUGUUGACACAGACAACCAAAUGAAGGUGUCUGUGGGCGGGUCGAGUGGUCGUCAGCUGGUGCCCGGACUACUGCUUAUGUCUGACAACCAUGUGACAACCAGCAACAACAACUCUGGCUACCCACCCCAGCACAGGGUGCCGCCAAAAGGUCAUGCAGUGAACCUGCAGGCGACGGCGGCGAUGGCGAAGGAGUACCUCAACGGGACUGGUCCCAUGGCUGACGGAGGCUGUGUAGACGGUCCCGCAGUCACCUCCCCCACCUCUGCCCCAGCUGUUCGGCCAAAGGACCAACUACUCUAUCUAGCACAACUGCUUGGUUUCCGGGUUCAAUUCUCUGAUUUUCCCAAGGGAAACCACAGCGAGUUCCUUAGUUUAGUUUCAUUAUCGACUGAUCCACCUCAAGUUUGCCACGGGUCUGGCCUUACGACGGAGCUGUCUCAUGACCAGGCUGCACUAACAGCGUUACGAGCUCUCUCAGAGAUGGGCCUCGACUCAGUCACUCCCAUGAAGAAGGAACCUCCUACCAAUCCCAGCGAUGGGAUGUAUUCCAGCAAAGGCAACCCAGUGAUCAAAACCAACUAUGUUAACGGGGGUCACCCUAAUAAGUAAAGAAUGAUCUUUGUAGAAACACGUGUAAUUAUUAUGAUAAGUUAGUCUACUUUGUAUAAUGUUCGGAUCAGUAGGAUCAUAAUGUUGAUCAUGUUGCACUAAUGUGUAUCAAGUGUUAUUUGCCCUAGUUGAAGUUAUUGUCUAUUUAUACGACCGUCUACUUCUGUAAGCAAUAAGAAUUUACCUGUCCACUGUCAGGUGUAUACAUUUUAUUUAUGGCUUUUAAAGUUUUAACGUAUACAUAAUAUAUUAUACUGCGCAAGCUCCCCAUAGAUCAUUAUUUAUUUUCUGUUGUACAUUUCUGUAUUAGUUAAGUUGAAUCGAGUUUUAUUUGAGACGUAUUUUAUAUUUUUUAUAAAAAACAUAUAUAUUUUAUUUGUGAAAUUCCACUCUGUAGAUAUUUAUAUUGUUGUGGCAGGUAUAGUUCUUUACCCUUGUUAUCCUCUUAGUAAAAGGUCACUAAAGUGGGUUGCAUGUUUAAUAAAAUCUUAGAAUAUCGUGUAAUAUUAUUCUAGAUUUUAUUGCCAGCUUGUAGUAAGUCAGCAUAUUCUGCAUUAUUCAGUUAAUAUUCAUCGUUGUUGUUCAAUGUCAAAGAGUGUUGAAUGGUUUCGGUGCAAGCUACUUUACAGAAGCCUUUUUCUAAACUAUAUUCAUGUAAUAUUAUGAAUAAAUUCAUUAUAUGUGCUGUA